UGAUCGAACAACACAAAGCAAAAGCAAAAAAACAAACUUAGGGCAAAGUAAAAGAUAAGGCUUAUGGCAAUUAGUCCUAUCACUUACCUCUUCUUGACACUCUUAUGUGCAGCCAUUAUCAACCCAAUUGGCUGCCAUGAUGAGAAGUUAAAGCAAGAGAGUGCUGAACACGUGCAUAUGUUCGUUCUUGGUGACUCACUUUUUGAUGCAGGCAACAAUCAGUACCUGCCCCAUAUCGACAAUCCAGCCCCUGGAACUUUUUGGCCUUAUGGCAUGAAUAAUCACAACCGCUCCACUGGAAGAUUAUCUGAUGGCCUUCUGGUCCCUGAUUUUAUUGCACAGUAUGCAGGAAUCAAUAUCCUCCCACCCUACUUGAAACCAGGAGCUAACUUCACUUAUGGGGCCAAUUUUGCUUCAGCUGGAGCAGGAGUUCUUGAUGUUGACAAUGGAUUUAUGAAUCUUAAUGCACAAUUAAGCAAUUUCAAGAAGUUCGUGAAUUCAUUGGCGCACAAAGUAGGCGAGGCAGAAGCUAAGAAGGUCUUGAUGAGAUCUGUUUACUUGUUUAGCCUUGGUGGUAAUGAUUACUUUAGCUUUAACACAAGGCACCCCCAUGCUACCACAGCUGAAAGAAGAGAUUACGUGCAUAUGGUACUUGGCAACUUAACACAUGGAUUGAAGGAGUUAUAUGGACUUGGAAUGAGAAAACUUGCAGUCCAGAAUGUUGGACCCUUAGGCUGCUACCCAACAAUUAAAUUUUUGUUCCCUGAGAUGAAUGUUAGCUGCAUCGAAACAUUCUUAACACAUGCAAAAAUGCACAACGAAGCUCUAUCUAACGCCUUGAAGACGUUGCAAGAACAGUUACCUGGAUUCAAAUAUGGAAUCUUUGAUUACUACCAUGCACUUUACGAUAGAAUGAAGAAUCCAACAGAAUAUGGCUUCACAGUAGGACAAGUUGCAUGUUGUGGAAGUGGGCUGUACAAUGGCAGAGGCUGUGGAAGGGGGGACGACUUCAAUUUAUGCAGCAAUCCUAAUGAAUUUGUCUUGUUCGAUGGUGGCCAUCAUACUCAAAGGACGAAUAUACAGCUUGCUCAACUGACGUGGAACGGACCACCAAAUGUCACUGGACCUUGUACUGUGAAGCAAUUGUUUGAACUGCCUUAGUUUUUUUUUUUUUUUUUUUUUCUGUCUCAUCUUGUGUUCUAGUGCAUUGCCAUUGGCAACUGUUGUUGUUGUUGUAUCAGUUAUGUUUAGUUUGUCAUUUCAGUCCCUGAUGUUGAUUCAUCAGACUUGAAUAAAACUUUGCUGGUUUACCAGUAUCGUUUAUAA